UUAGUGAAAUUGUUGGACGAAAAAUGUCAGGUAGUCGUGAUCAAUCGGCUUAACAGAUCACCUUUCAAAUUGAACGAGUGUCGCAUGAUCAUUUUAACAAGUUCAAUGCAAUUGCAUUGAUGACGUUUGAGUCUGUUUUUUCAUCUUAUACAAGGAAUGACCGGUGAGUCGAGUUUCAUCACCGGAGAAUUAAUAUAUAUUAUCAUCAACAGCUGUGGCACGGGUGAAACUUGAAGUAAAACAAAUCAUAAUUGUGUCAACCUUGGACUUGUUUGCUGUGAAUUACUUGAUUUUGAGCAUCGCGAGUAUAUUCCUGCGAGGAAUGUGAAUGUUGUGUUGUGUACUCAAAACGGGGUGGUGAACCAGUUGAAUGUGUCUAAUGGAGGUUUAGCUAAAAGCACUCCGGAAAAUUAGACAAAAGCGUCGAAAAAAUACUCCGAAAUACUAGGAAAAACUACAAGAGGAUGACUGCUUCGUACACAAUCUGUAAUCGCCUCACGAUCGUGGUCGGGUUCCUGUGGUUCGCACUUCUCGGAAUAAGCUUGGCGACGCCACCGUCGAACGAGGAAAUCGUCGAAGACGAACGCGACUACUUCGAAGUUCUGGAGCGAUCGUUGCUUUUCUACGAAGCUCAGCGGUCGGGACGCCUUCCAAAGAACAAUCGAAUACCCUGGAGAGGGGAUUCCGGAUUGGAAGAUCGUGGUCAGAACGGCGAGGACCUCACCGGAGGGUAUUAUGACGCUGGAGACUUUGUUAAGUUUGGGUUCACAAUGGCCUCUAUGACGACCCUCCUGGCCUGGGGUGCGGUAAGCUGGCCCCAAGCCUACGAGGCCGCAGGUCAACUCGACGAACUACGCGAGGCGGUCAAGUGGGCGACGGAUUACUUCAUCAAAUGUCACGUGAGCGAAGACGUACUUUAUGGUCAAGUCGGGGACUUCGCCCUGGAUCAUAGAUUCUGGGGAAGACCAGAGGAGUUGAACACCUCGAGGCCGGCUUUCAAGAUCGAUUCGGAUCAUCCAGGCUCGGAUCUUGCCGGUGAAACGGCCGCCGCCUUGGCGGUUACCAGCAUCCUCUUCCGCGACUCGAACGCCUCGUACAGUGCCGAGUGUCUCCGACACGCCAAAGAACUUUACCACUUCGCCAAUACUCGAAGAGGACUUUAUCACGAGGUGAUCAAAGGUGCAGCCCAAUAUUACGAGAGCAUCGACUACGGCGACGAGCUGGCUUGGGCUGCGGCCUGGCUUUUCCGAGCCACCAAUGAAUCGAAAUAUCUGGAGGACGCCGAGCACCACUAUCAGCACUUCCAUCUGAAAGAACGACCAAAUGAAUUCUACUACAAUAAAAAGGUGGCCGGUGUACAGGUUAUCAUGGCUCAGCUUACCGAGCAGCAAGAAUAUCAAAAUGCCGCCCGAGCCUUCUGCGAUUUUUCGGUUCGAGAUCAAAAGCGAACUGCAAAAGGCCUCCUCUACAUAGAUAAAUUCGGCACUCUUUGCCACGCAGCUAACGUAGCAUUCAUCUGUCUUCAGGCCGCCGAUUACCCGGCUAUCGGCAACUCCGAGGAGUACAGAAAUUUCGCACGUGAUCAGAUACACUAUAUCCUCGGCGGUACAGGGCGAAGUUAUGUAGUCGGAUGGGGAUUGAAUCCACCAAAACAGGCACAUCACGCCGCAGCUUCUUGUCCGGAUAGGCCAGCACCUUGCGGAUGGGCAGAAUUUAAUCGGACAGCACCGAACCCACAGAUUCUCCACGGAGCCUUGGUUUCAGGACCGGACGAAGCUGACAGGUUUCUCGAUUUCAGAGAAGACUAUAUCUACACGGAAGUAACACUUGACUACAACGCCGGGUUCACUAGUGCUGUUGCCGGAUUGGCGCAGCUACUGAUCAAUCCUCAUGAGUGAUUUCACUAGCGGCGCAUUUGGAAGCACGUCGUGUAUUUACCAAUCUGCGAAGUUCGGCCUUAAAUCCAAAAUACUACUUAUUUAUUAUGCCAAUAUGUCAAUGUUAAAUCAUGGACAAUUAUCAGUUGAGAAUUAGUACAGAACUGCCGAUUCAAUUGAUACUUGGACUUCCUUCAGUUAAUAUCUUAUCAAACGCAACGAAAUGAUUCCAACAUUCUCUUCCAGUCUUGGUAUCAUAUAAUUGUAAAAUACGUUAUUCUCAAAGCUGGGACUUACCGAAAUUUUUGAUGGUUGAAAAUAUAUCAAAACUUUAAAAGCUAUGAGCUACGGCGUUUUGGUACAAAUCGUCAAGAAAUAACUGAACCGAUAUUCAGUUUUUCUGAUAAAUUUCUUCAUCCAGAUCUUGACCAACGCACAAAAAAUCGAAUGUUUUGUUAAAAGUUUACUUUUUAAUAAUCUGAAGUGGAGCACGUAUCGUCGUUCGACAUAAGCCAUCAUAUUUUUAAAUUUAAAAAUCCGGUAUUAUAUUUAUUUUCCGUAACCAUCAAUUAUUUUAUUUUUAACACGUCAAAAAAAUGCUCCAUUUUUUCCGUGUAUAAGUGUAACACAGAAGUGUGUUUAAUUUAAUCAACCGGUUAUUCACGGUUGGGAUUUGUACAGUAUUUGCAAGUGCAGAAACUUUUGCUUUUACCGUAAUUAAACACUUUAAAACAACUGUAAAUUAAUCGAGUAAAGGUUAAGGUGCCGCAGGAUCGAUUCGACUGGCUGUGUUUUCGAUAUUCUAUACGUAGAUCUAGAUAUUACGUAAUCUGUACGUCACGCGUGAUAAUUACACGUUUCUAGAGGCAUGUACAUCUUUUUUAUAAAUUCUUUAACGAAUAUCAUCUACACUUGACACACGUAUACCUAGAUACGAGGUUUACAAUAUACGCUAUAUAGAAUAAAAUAAUUCAUGAAUAAA